GUGUUGUCUGGCUGUGCUAUCAUUGUUCGGGGACAGCCUCGAGGAGGCCCGCCACCAGAACGUCAGAUAAAUCUGAGUAAUGUCCGAGCUGGCUCCAUGGCCCGCCGAGCAGCACAAGGCCAGCCCGACACCAAGGACAUCCCUGAUGAGCCAUGGGCAUUCCAAGCCAGAGAGUUCCUGAGGAAGAAACUAAUCGGCAAAGAAGUUUGCUUCACUGUGGAAAACAAGACACCUUUGGGCCGGGAGUAUGGCAUGGUCUAUCUGGGAAAAGAUACAUCAGGUGAAAACAUCGCAGAGUCUUUGGUGAAUGAAGGUCUUGCAACAGUCCGAAAAGAAGGAAUCAGAGGAAACAAUCCAGAGCAUUCCAGACUUUGUGAUUUGGAGGAUCAGGCAAAGUCUUCCAAGAAGGGCAUGUGGACCGAGGGCGGCGGCGCGCACACCAUCCGCGACCUGAAGUACACCAUCGAGAAUCCUCGCAACUUUGUUGACUCCCUGCAUCAGAAACCCAUCAAUGCCAUCAUUGAGCAUGUACGUGAUGGCAGUGUUGUUCGUGCCUUGCUACUCCCCGACUACUACCUGGUCACUGUUAUGCUGUCUGGUGUUAAGUGCCCUACAUUCAAGAGAGAAGCGGAUGGUACUGAAAUACCAGAGCCGUUUGCUGCCGAGGCCAAAUUCUUCACGGAGUCCCGUCUUCUUCAACGAGACGUUCAGAUCAUUCUGGAAAGCUGCCCCAACCAGAUCAUACUGGGUACCAUCCUUCAUCCGAAUGGCAAUAUCACAGAACUCCUAUUGAAGGAAGGAUUUGCACGCUGCGUAGAUUGGUCAAUGGCUGUUUACACCCAAGGAGCUGAGAAACUACGAGCUGCAGAGCGAUCUGCUAAAGAGCGCAAGAUUCGAAUCUGGAAAGACUAUGUUGCACCCACAGCCAACCUGGACCAGAAGGACAGGCAAUUUGUUGCAAAGGUGAUGCAGGUGGUCAAUGCCGAUGCCAUGGUGGUCAAACUCAACUCAGGAGACUUCAAAACUAUUCAUCUGUCUAGUAUUCGCCCCCCCAGGAAUGAGGGAGAGGAGAAGAACAAGGACAAAGACAAACGCUUCCGUCCUCUCUACGACAUCCCCUACAUGUUCGAGGCCCGUGAGUUCCUGAGGAAGAAGCUCAUUGGUAAAAAGGUCAAUGUGACGGUGGACUACAUCAGAGCAGCUACUGGUCAAGGGGAAGGUACGUCUGCCUUCCCAGAGCGCACCUGUGCCACAGUCACAAUUGGUGGAAUUAACAUAGCUGAAGCUCUAGUCAGUAAAGGCCUUGCUACAGUCAUCAGAUACAGACAGGAUGAUGACCAGCGCUCCUCCCACUAUGAUGAACUGCUUGCUGCAGAGGCACGGGCCAUAAAGAAUGGAAAAGGACUGCACAGCAAGAAGGAGGUUCCCAUCCACAGAGUGGCUGAUAUUUCUGGGGACACACAAAAGGCCAAGCAGUUCCUGCCCUUCCUGCAGAGGGCUGGCCGGUCGGAAGCUGUGGUCGAACACGUCUUCAGCGGCUCCCGCCUCAAGUUGUACAUGCCCAAAGAAACCUGUCUCAUCACAUUCCUCCUUGCCGGUAUUGAAUGUCCACGCAGUUCCCGUAAUACACCCGGGGGGGUGCAGGUGGCCGAACCCUUCAGCAACGAGGCCAUGCGGUUCACCAAAGAGCUGGUGCUGCAGAGAGAG